AUGUCGGGGGACGCCGCCGGCAGCGGCCCCCCGAGCCCGCGCUUCCUGGUGCCGCCGCCGCCGCCGCCUAAGAACGGCUCCAGCUCGGACAGCUCCGUCGGAGACAAGCUGGGAGCCGCCGAGCACGGGGCCUCCGGCUCCGGCGGAGCUGGCGGCGGACCGGGGAACGGAGGCCGCAGCGAGGAGUACCGGCGCCGCCGCCACACCAUGGACAAGGACAGCCGGGGGGCGGCGGCCACCGAGCACCGCUUCUUCCGCCGGAGCGUGAUCUGCGACUCCAACGCCACGGCCUUGGAGCUGCCCAGCUUGCAGCCCGCGGCGCCCUCGGCUCCCGUCUCGGGAGGCAGCGCGGCUCCCUCGGUGUUCCCUCCCGAGGGUGCCGGCCGGACCGCUUACCCCCCUGUCACCGCGGCCGACUCGCGGCCGCCGCCGCCCGCCCCGCUCCCCCUGGAAGGACAGACUGCUGAGGAGCCCCCGGCCGCCAAGGAUGCCGCCCCGCUGCUGCCCAAGGAGGAGGAGGAGGGGGACGAGGCGACUGCGCUACCCCCUACCAGCGCCGCUGGCAGCCUGUCAGCUGCCAGCCGGGAAUUCGAGGAGCGGAGGACGCAGCAGGAAGACAUCGAAGAGCUUGAGACCAAGGCGGUGGGCAUCUCCCCGGAUGGCCGCUUCCUGAAGUUUGACAUCGAGAUUGGAAGAGGCUCUUUCAAAACCGUGUAUAAAGGACUGGAUACUGACACCACUGUGGAAGUUGCCUGGUGCGAGCUACAGGACCGGAAGCUGUCCAAGUCAGAGCGACAAAGAUUUAAAGAGGAAGCUGGGAUGCUGAAAGGGCUUCAGCAUCCCAAUAUUGUCAGGUUCUAUGAUUCCUGGGAGUCUACAGUCAAAGGAAAAAAGUGUAUUGUUCUUGUGACGGAACUCAUGACGUCUGGAACGUUAAAAACGUAUUUGAAAAGAUUUAAAGUGAUGAAAAUUAAAGUGCUACGAAGCUGGUGCCGUCAGAUACUGAAAGGCUUACAAUUUCUGCACACACGCACUCCUCCCAUCAUUCACAGAGACUUGAAAUGUGACAACAUCUUCAUUACUGGCCCCACUGGCUCAGUCAAGAUUGGAGACCUUGGCCUGGCAACCCUGAAACGAGCUUCUUUUGCCAAAAGUGUGAUAGGUACCCCAGAGUUCAUGGCCCCCGAGAUGUAUGAGGAGAAAUAUGAUGAGUCCGUUGAUGUUUAUGCUUUUGGGAUGUGUAUGCUAGAGAUGGCCACGUCCGAGUAUCCCUAUUCCGAGUGCCAAAACGCCGCGCAGAUCUACCGCCGAGUGACCAGCGGUGUCAAGCCAGCCAGCUUCGAUAAAGUAGCAAUCCCUGAAGUGAAGGAGAUUAUUGAGGGAUGCAUUCGGCAGAACAAAGGCGAAAGAUAUGCUAUUAAGGACCUUUUGAAUCAUGCUUUCUUCCAAGAAGAGACUGGAGUACGGGUAGAGCUUGCAGAGGAAGACGAUGGAGAAAAAAUUGCCAUUAAACUCUGGCUGCGAAUUGAGGACAUCAAAAAACUCAAGGGCAAAUACAAAGAUAAUGAGGCGAUAGAGUUUUCAUUUGAUUUGGAAAGAGAUGUCCCAGAGGAUGUGGCGCAGGAAAUGGUGGAGUCUGGCUAUGUCUGUGAAGGGGAUCACAAGACAAUGGCGAAGGCUAUCAAGGACAGGGUAUCUUUGAUUAAGCGCAAGCGAGAGCAGCGCCAGUCGGUGCAAGAAGAACAGGAGAACAUACUUCAGGAAGAAGGUAGUCAGAAGCAGCAGCUGGAGCAACAGCAGCCAUCAAGUGCUUCCCAUGCAGGGUCAAAGCAUCCCCAGUCUGUCACUGGUACUGCUCCUGUCCCCACUGCUUCAGCAUCGGUUUCUACACAAGUGGAGCCCGAAGAGCCGGAAGCUGAUCAACACCAACAGCUGCAGUUCCAGCAACCCAGUAUAUCUGUUCUUUCUGACGGAACGGUUGACAGCGGCCAGGGCUCCUCCGUGUACACGGAAUCCGUGGGCAGCCAGCAGACCGUGUCCUACGGCUCCCAGCAUGAGCAGCCAGCCUCCAGCGCGGCGGUGCAGGGCUACCCAGCCUCAGCUGGCCCCGUGCAGCCCCAGCAGCACGGAGGAUUCCAGCCCCCUGCAGCGCCUCAACGUGGUCGUAGCAUGUCAGUUUGUGUCCCCCACCUUCCUGCUCUUCCCUGUAUGUCCUGCAUCCCUCUCAGUGCUCCCUGCACCCCACCACCAGCGCUGUCUGCACCUCUUUCUCCUUUCUACCUUCGGACUGUCCCUGAAGAAACCUUUGCAGAAAAGCUUUCUAAAGCCCUGGAAAGUGUCCUGCCCAUGCACUCUGCCUCUCCACGCAAGCAUCGACGCUCCAGCCUGCCCUCCCUCUCUGUCAGUCCUCCUCAGCAUCCUCGUGGGGGAACACCACCGUUCCCAGAUUCACAGAUCUUUUUCCCAACCGUUCACGAACGGCCGGUGUCUUUCUCACCACCGCCUGUCUGCCCGCCGAAGGUGGCAAUUGCUCAGCGGCGCAAGAGCACUUCAUUUUUGGAAGCCCAAACUUGCCACUUCCAGCCAUUGCUGAAGACUGGCCAGAGUUUAGUUCCACCCGGUGGUAGUCCCACCAAUUGGACUCCAGAGGCAUUUGUUAUGCUGGGCACAGCAGCUCAGAGAGUCGCUGGAGAGCCUCUGCACGUGCAAGUUAAUCCCGUGUUUGAGCGAGCUCCUGUCCACAGCGACUAUAGAUCUGGACCAACACCUCCAGAGGAUGCUCACUACAGGAUGCAUCCGGAAGCUGUGUAUUUGGUGGGCAUGCACUAUCCGUCACAGACACAGGUGCAAGGCCAGCCAGCCUCAAGCAAUGCAUCGGUGCCACCCCAGCCUACUCAACACACUCAGCAGAGCGCACAGCAGCCAGCCUCUUCCCAACAGCCUGGACAAUACCAGCUGCAGCAGCCCUCAGUUUCUGCCAGCACCACUCCUGCACAAACUGUCUCUCAAACUCAAACUUCACAGAUCAUGCCAAUGCCUCAGGCAGCAGCUGGGACACAGCUUCCUGUUUCCCAACCAGUGUCGAUCAUCCAAGGCGAGCCUCAAUUACCCGUUGCAGCAUCUUCUCUCCCUCAGCCUCCGGUUGCCCCGGCAGUCCCCGCUGGCUCUCACUUUGUGCCCGUGGGACAGGCCUUGCCGGCUCCCGCGCUUCCCCAGUUCCCGGGCUCUCAGUUGCCCGUAGCGGCUCCUCACGUGACGGCGGCUCCGGCGGCUUUCCCGUCGCUGCCCGUUCCCAUGGCCGCUGGCCUGGGCCAGCCGCUGCUCCCGCUGGCCGCGCCCGCCGCGGCCGCCGUUCCCGUGGGAGGCGGCGCUGUCCCUAGCCAGCUGCCCGCGCUGAUGCAGCCUGUGGCUCAGCUGCCCAGCCAGGUGCUCCUGCAGCCGCCUGUCCAGGCCGUGGGAUUGCCAGUCAGCAUUGGACAAGCUGCUGAAGCUUCGCUUCCUGCUGGAGAUGCUCUUUACCAGGGUUUCCCGUCUCGGCUGACCCCGCAGUUCGCAGCGGACUCGAGCGGCGCGCCUUCCUCGGCCGCGGCCUCAGCCAGCCUUCCCUCCGCCGUGCUGUCCCCUCCCCUGCCCGCAGACGCCGUGGCCCAGUCAGGCUACCUGGCUCCCGCUGUGCAGCCCUACGGGGAGCAGAACGUUCUGGUGUCCGUGGGCGGCCUGGGAGCGCAGGUGCCCGUGCCGCAGCCUCCUGUGAGUCUAGCGCAGCAGGCCUCGUCUGCCUCCUCACAGCAGGCAGCCGUGGAGGGUACUCAGGGAGUCUCACAGACUGCUUCUUCAGAGACUCUUCCAGCGACACAGCCUGCUCAGUCUACCCCUUUGGCUUCUUCUAUGGACAGUGCACAUUCUGAUGUUGCUUCAGGACUGAGUGAUGGCAACGAGAACGUCCCAGCUUCCAGUGGAAGGCACGAAGGGAGGACCACGAAGCGCCACAUGCGGAGGUCUGUCCGCAGCCGCUCUCGCCAUGAGAAGACUUCUAGGCCGAAACUGAGAAUUCUGAAUGUUUCAAACAAAGGUGAUCGGGUAGUGGAAUGCCAGCUAGAGACACACAAUCGGAAAAUGGUUACUUUCAAAUUUGACUUGGAUGGUGAUAACCCUGAGGAAAUAGCUACAAUUAUGGUGCAGAACGAGUUUAUUUUAGCAACAGAGCGAGAGUCAUUUGUAGAACAGGUACGAGAGAUUAUCGAGAAGGCAGAUGAAAUGCUGAGUGAGGAUGCCAGUGUGGAGCCCGAAGGGGAUCAGGGGCUGGAGAGCAUGCGGACGAAAGACGACAGCUUCUUCCCGGGGUCACAGAAAUUAGAGUUCAAACAGCCAGAUCCUACAUCUUCCAUGCCACAAAGAAUAGGGGUUCCCUCUAGCUCCUUUACCCAGGUUGUCCAUUCUGCGGGAAGACGGUUCAUUGUCAGCCCGGUCCCCGAGAGCCGACUGAAAGAACAGGGCUUUUUCACAUCUGCUCUUGCUGGAGGAAACGAGACUUCGGAUAUGGUUGCAGCGUCUCCUGUACAUGGUCCUGGAAUGAAUCUCUCCCACUCAGCGUCAUCGCUGAGCUUGCAGCAAGCUUUCUCUGAGAUGGGGCAUGCUCAGAUGGCAGAAGGACCUAGCACAGCUCCUCCAGUGUUCAAUCAAACAAUGCCACCAUUUCCUCCUGCACUUUCUACCAUGGCGGGCAGCGGUGCAACUCCUGCAUCUGUGGCUACUUCUUCAGUGUCUGUUUCCUCCAGCACCGGUGUUUCUCUUCCAGCAUCUGUUACUUUGCCUUCAGAAAACGCAGCUGUUGGAGUUGCGCCAAGCACGAGCGUGCCAAGCUCUGUUUCUCCACCUCCAGCCUCGCAGUCUGGACAGCAGUCGACCGGAGCAGCUUCCAGCGUGAGCUCUCCGGCUUCUUUCUCCUUAGCUGCCGCGUCCCAGCCUGCCCAAGCGGUGACUGCAGACGUUGCCCCCAGCAGCAGCACGCCGUCGUCUUCGGCGCUGCCGUCUGCCCAGGCUCCCGGCGCCGCCGCGCCGGCUGCGACCUCUCAGUCCGCUCCUCAGACUGCGAGCGGCGUGGCGGCGCCGCAGAGCUCCGCCGCCCUGUCCCUGGCUCAGAACGUGGCCGUGCCGCUUCCCCAGCUCAGCAGCGGCGGCUCUGUGUCCGGUCCGGCAGAAACGACGGUGGUGAGCGCCCCGCAGGCACUGCCUGAGAGCGGGCGCUCUCUGGAUAAAUCGCACCCCUGCAAUGCAGCUGGCUUGUCUCUUCCGAUCUCCGCGCCUCUGUCAUCCUCGAUAGCGUCGAGCGUAUGCGCUUCGGCGUCUCAGCCGGCGAUCCACCCCUUGCUCGUUCCAUCGGGAAUUACGUCGACGCCCGUCCUGCCGCAGAUCUCGGGCGCGACGCCCAUGUUGCCCCAGGUUCCCUUACCUGGUGUGCUGCCGCAGCCGGUCGCGAACGUGCCUGCGGUGCAGCAGACUUUGAUCCACAGCCAGCCCCAGCCGGCUCCGUUGCCCAACCAGCCUCACGUUCACUGUCUGGAGGCCGAUGCCGAUGCUCAGUCUAAAGCCCCUGGCAUCGAUGAUAUCAAGACCCUGGAAGAAAAGCUGCGCUCUCUGUUCAGCGAGCACGGCAACGUGGGCGCGGCGCACCCCUCGGUGUCUCUGGAGACCUCGCUGGUGGUGGAAACGCCCGUUGUUCCUGGCAUCCCAACCACCGCUGUUGCACCGAGCAAACCCCUGACGUCCAUUAGCACUUGUAUUCCUCCCAGCAGUUUGCCUCUCGGAGCCGCUGGCCUGCCGGGGCUGACCCCGGUUGCCACUCCCGGGCAGGUGCUCACCCCGGUGAGCUACAUCUCAGCCUCCAGCAGCGUGGCCACGGCAGCGGGGAAAGCGGGGAGCUCUCCCUCCAAGCCCUCCCUCAGCAGGGUACCGGUGCUACCACUAGGUUCUGACCUUCCUGCUGGCACUCCAUCCAGUGAGCAGCUGCCACCUUUUCCAGGACCUUCACUAACUCAGUCCCAACAGCCACUGGAAGAUCUGGAUGCUCAGCUGAGAAGAACUCUUAGUCCAGAGACGGUCCCAGUGACAUCUGCUCCUGCCUGUUCUGUGCCCUCAGUAGCAUCAACAACGGUUACUGGGCCGGUGUCCACGGCGUCGCAGAGCCUGAAGGACGUUUUGGCAGCGGGGGAUGGAGAGAGCAGCGCCUCGGCGGGAGGCAGCGUGCUGAAGAUGGGCCGCUUUCAGGUGUCCGUGGCAGUGGAGGAUGUGCUGAAAGAGGGUGCCAAAGCUGCGGCUCGGCCAGCGCCGUUUGAAAGCGUGUCCAGCGAUUCCUCCAGCCUCUCCGGCAGCAGCCCAGAGAGCACGCUGGUGAAGCAGGCUGAGAGCCGCAGGAGCGGCGCCGCCGCCCGCCGGGAUGUGCUGGACGGCCUCGCCGAGGCGGCGCCGGCGCCGGGGGACGCUGCCCAGGCCACCAAGGUGGGGCGCUUCCAGGUGACGGCCACGGCGGAUCAGGUGGGGCGCUUCUCCGUGUCCAAGGCUCGGGAUGAGGUCAGCUGUGCCCGGAAGGAGCCGGGGACUCUUCCUCUCUCCGUGGGCUUGGAACGAGUUGCUGCUUCGGCCGCAGCUCCCAAGAAGGAGCUGGAGUCGAGGCAGUCCCCGCACAUGAAUGGUCCGUCCUCUGACCUGGAGGCCGCCUUUCUGAGUGGGAUGGCAAAGGAUCUGGAUGAUGGCUCGGGGAGCCCAGACUCUGUCCAGCACCUGGGAUCCAAGAUCAGCCUCCCCGUUCAGAGCCUCAGCAACUCCUUCAACUCCUCCUACAUGAGCAGCGACAAUGAGUCGGACAUCGAAGACGAGGACUUGAGGCUGGAGCUCCGUCGGUUACGGGAGAAGCACCUUAAAGAGAUCCAGGAGCUGCAGAGCCGCCAGAAGCAGGAGAUUGAGUCACUCUACAUGAAACUGGGAAAGGCCCCACCUGCAGUAAUUAUUCCCCCAGCUGCUCCCCUUUCAGGAAGGAGGAGACGACCUACGAAAGGAAAAAGCAGCAAGUCCAGUCGUAGCAGCUCCCAGGGACAUAAGAGCCCUCAGCUAUCAGGCAACCUGUCAGCUCAAAGUGCACCAUCAGUGUUGCCCCCCCAGCAGACCCUUCAUCCUCCUGGCAGUGUUCCAGAGACGGGGCAGAACCAUUUGUUACAGCCCCUGAAGCCUUCACCUUCCAGCGAAAACCUCUACUCUGCCUUCACCAGUGACGGUGCCCUCUCGGUACCGAGCCUCUCGGCGCCAGGCCAAGGCUGUGCGAAGUUUAACUGUGCGUCUGAGAGAGUGACCUUCAAGCCUGGUGGCAGGAGGACCCGAUUUCUGAGUACGCCCUGCUUGGCUCUUUGGAAGAUGGUGAAAAAAGUCUGUCCUUGCAACCAGCUCUGUAGGACCAGCAGCACCAACACGGUGGGGGCCGCGGUGAACAGCCAGGCCCCCCAGAGCCAGCCCACGGCCGGCGCCUCCAGCCGCAAGGGCACCUUCACCGAUGACCUGCACAAGCUGGUGGACAACUGGGCCCGCGACGCCAUGAACCUGUCCGGAAAGAAAGCGGGCAAAGGGCACAGCAGCUACGAGGGCCCCGGAAUGGCAAGAAAAUUCUCGGCACCGGGUCAGCUCUGUAUCUCUAUGACAUCUUCCCUGGGUGCUACGCCCAUCCCUGCAGCAUCAGCUACCUCUUUAGGUCCCUUCAGCAAGGCCAUGUGCCCCCCGCAGCAGUACGGUUACCCCGCAGCGUCCUUCCCCCCGCCCUGGAGCGGGCCAGGGGGGCCAGCACAGCCACAGCUGGGCCAGUUCCAGCCCGUGGGUGCCACCUCUUUGCAAAGCUUCAACAUCAGCAACUUGCAAAAGUCCGUCAGCAACCCUCCGGGCUCCAACCUGCGGACCACUUAGCCGUGCCCCGGGCCCUGCCGGCCGCGCCUCGGCACGGGACACGGGGAGGGAGACGGGGCCCUGUAUCACUACUAGUGCUGCAACGGACUGGUGGCUUGCCAGACUGGGAAUGAAUUUACCUUUUCCAACCGUCGCUGUCAGCUCUCUGUGGCGGGAGUUUCCCCACGCGCUCGGAAGGGGGAGGAGGAUGAUGAGCAUCCUUGUGAUGGGACAGUGCUUUUCACCGAGGGGGCUGCUCUCGUGGGGGACGAGAGCUGUGAGGAGACGCCACGGGCUCGGCUCGUUCGGUCUCGCUGUAAAAUUGUUCUGGUUGGAGGCUGAAUCCGCACGUGCGGAGGUGGGAGAGCUGAACCCUCGCGUGAGGCUUUACGCUCUCCUCGCCUCCUCCGAAGGACCGGGAUCAGGAAAAAGCUGUCCAAAUCCCCCUCCUCUCCCUCUCCCCAGCCAAUCGUAUCUGGCUCUGAAACGAUGGGGCACACGAAUGGACUUGCGGCGCAGCCCGUGCUUGAUAGGUCAUUACUGCUUAAAGUAAGAUAUUAACAGCUUUGACUGCAGCAUUAGAGCAAUUUAAAUUGUUAAAAAAAAAAAAAUUUAAAAGUUCCCUGCGGACAUGUACUUACCAUCAGUUUUGAUGUGGAAACACUGUGAUAUAUAAAUGUUGUUGGACAACAGUAGUUUAAAAAUGAGUGGAAUAUAGAGGGUUAAAAAAGUUAAAAAGAAAAAAACGGGAAAAAAAGCUAGCUAUAUCCUUAUACUUAUUGGAGACACUUUAACUUUUUCCUUUGUAUUUUCAUUGUAUUAGAUAAAUAAAUGUGAAUGUAAAAUUGUAUAAAUUAAUGUACUUGAAUACUUGUCUGUUCUCCCAGUAUGCUUGCUGGAUAUUUUAGUGCCUUGGACUUCUCUUGCUUCUGCAGUUUAGCGUCGUCUUCCCAGCGGAGCCCAGGUGGGCAGAGGGCGAGUUGAGGGCAGGAUGUUUGUGCCCGGGGCGCUCCGGGAGGGGAGCUCCGAGCUCCCCCGGGCCGCGGCUCGGAGCAGUUCUGUGCGCGGGGAGUUGUCCAGGGGGCAGAGCCGAAGGUGCGGGGUGACGGGGGGAUGCAGGUGAGGCUACAGCGAGCCCUCACAGGUACGGGCUCGAGGCAGGAGGCUGGGUCGGAGCAGAGAGGACAGGGAGGAGGUGUCUUUGGGAGAGGCCCGGCUGAAGAGGCGGUUUGACUCCACCUGCCAAGUGGUGAAGAGGUUUGGUCAGGAUGUGACGUGAGGGAGAGGUGCCGUGGCUCGUUGGCGCGGGCUUGUCUGCUGGGAUUGCUUUUCUUACCUUUUUUUUUUUUUAUUUUUUUUUUUUUUUUGGUAAAAUUCAUUUAAGCCAGGAACAAUGUCCUGGUGCGACGUCCAUUGCCGGCAAUGGAUGUACUUGAAACAGCCGGCAUCAGAAGUUUCCUCUGUCUUACUUGGAGGAUUUACAGUUUUGUUCACUCUUAACAAAUUUCAAGCUGGUACCAGGAUUGUCACUGUCUGUCACUUGUCACCUCUUAGUACCUGUACUGUAUCUUCUGCUUCGGUCAUUCUCCCUUUUCGAAUUUAAGAAAUACUGGUUUCCUCUUCAAAGCCCAAACAAUACCAGCCAGUAUUUACGUAGUGCUGCAAAAAGCUGUGAAGGAUGAGGGUGCAGCCCCCUGGAGCUCAGGAGCAGCUCACCGCUCUCCUGGAGGCCGGUGCAUCACAGGGCCCUCGCUCGGCCACGUUUGUUUCUAUCUCGGAGCGCUGUUCCCCGCUGGCGCCUUAGCAGGGAGUCGUGUGCCUGCAGAUGCUCUCCCUCUCUCGUUUUCACACGGAGACCUGCGGUGCUUUCUGUUGUGCCCCUUGUAGCGCGGUCCCGGCGGCAGGGCAGCCCGGGCUGGAGAGGAGCAGCUGCGGGCCCGGGCAGGGACGGGCCGGAGCUCGGGGGGAGCAGGGAGCGGCGCCCCGGGCUGAGGAGCCUCUGCCUGGGGACGGGUGCGGGGAACCGGGAGCGCACAGCUGGGGCAGGGCUGAGACCAGGGCCCUAGUGCUGCAUGAGGAACCGGGCAGCUGGGUGCGGCACGUGGUUACUUAAAUUUGAUCUAAUAACUUUGAGGUCGUUUUUUCACUUAACGUUAUGCAAGAACUGGUUUUAUUUACCAUUGAUUUUUUUUUUUUCCCCCUCCCUCCCUCUCCUCCUGUGGAUGAAUAACUGAAGUCUAGAGGAAUAAACUAAUGCUACUGAACUGUUAAAUUAUUUUGUUUAAUAUUACACUUUGAGUAUCUUUUUCCACAUAAAAUCUGUUUCUGAAUUACAAGCGUUUUCUUUACAUUAUUUAACAAUGUACACUGUAAAAAAUAAAAAUAAAAAAAAAUAAAAUGAAUUGAA